AUGCUGCGCGAGCUGUGCGUCUCGGAUCUGCUUGCUUUGAGGAGAACGUCCCGCGUGCUCAACAUGCUUGUGACAGAGAACGCACCUGCGAUUGUGCGCUACUGGGUGAAGAACCGGCUCGGCAAUCUUCAUCUACAACUUUAUCCGGCUCCAAGACCGGACGCGAUCGACUUCCCGUUCUUACUCACUAUGAGACGGCGACACAUAGCGUCCAUCAGGUUGACACGUCAGCUUGCCAAUCACCUCGUAGGGGAGCCAACCGAACAGAGGCAGCUGUGGACAUCGGUGUACGAGAGGAUGCUGCCCCUGGUCUUUGGGGUAGGCUACUUUCUAGAUGAACAUCGACGACUACUUCUGGAAAGAGAUCUCGGCCACAUUCGACCACGCUCCCGUAUUGGCUAUCACGUCCGUACGACGGGUGGUAUCAGUAGCCAAGAAAGGAAGAUCUUGAAGAACCUGGAUGCACCACUUCGACUUCAGUACUUCUACAUGUACUGUUUCAUUGUGCAGGUGCUGCUUCGAAAGCUGAGACCUUGCAGUCGUGCUGGAGCAGUGGAAAAGUUCCUGCGGGGAUUUUCAAACCAGCCAGCCUGUUCAGAGGAUGUGGCCUUCUUCCUCAUACUUGGUGGCAUUGGGCAAGUUGCGAAGCUGCUCGCUUGCCCGGUAUAUAGCGAGCGGCGAAGAUAUCUCCUAACGUACAGAGCUCACAUGUCGCCGCACACGAGUAAAUGCUGGAGAAAGCACUGGAAGGAUGCUGGUGUGGUUUCACCUGCGUUACUAGACGAUAUUCCUUGUACACAGAUUGGCAUAACACAGCUUGAUCAGGUCUGGGCUCCACUGAUAGCCCAGAUGAUGGAGACGGGGGCGAGAGACUUUACAGAACAGGAAAGGAUACGCUACGAGGAGCUGAAGAUGUCGAAGAAGUUCAUCAACGAAGUAAUGGGGUAUGACAUCCUGCGAGGUCGGGCAGCUGACGGAGGAGAGUUGGAUGAUGAGCACGAGCCAUGA